AUGGCUGUAAUACAUGUUAAAUUGGCAGUGUUUUCAUUUCUGUUUGGUUUGGCUUUAACUAAAACUUGCGAUACACUUUUUGGAAACCCAACCCAAGCAAGGAAUCAAGAUCGAAUUUUUGCAGGAAAGCGCAUUUCGUCUGAGAUGAUUCCAGCAUAUGUCCCCGAUGGCAUAUUCACCGUUACUGGUUGCCUGGACAGUUGUCUACGGUUUCAUCACUGCACCUCCUUCGAUUUCAUGCAAUCCUCAAAAUUUAAUGGGAAGAUCUGUAAGAUUUACGGCGGUAACCAACAGAAUGUGCGUUUGACGUCCAAGCGCGAUUGGAUCCAUUUUAACAUGAGUUCUGCAUUUUUAAGACAGGUAAGCUGAAUUGUAAAAUUAUAUUUAGAAGAAUAAGCAUAACUUUGACUUUUGAGUAAUAGUACGUUAGGAUUUAAAUGAGAGGAGCGAAAUUUGAUGCACUUUUACAACCAACUAAGACAUAUUUCGUAAAUCGUCUCAUCAAAUCUUCCUAGUAGAAUUUAACGAUUCCCAUCAGGUUAAAAUUUAACAGCGGGGUAUUUCUCUAAUUUGUCUUAAUUUUAUACUUGGCAUGUGUCUUCACUAAUGAAGUUACCAAAAUAUAACAAAAUUUCAUUUCCAUUUUAUUACUAAAAGAAAUAUGAUAAUAAAUAUGUGCGUACGACGCCCGAAUUCACGUCGAUUUCCAGUCCCGCGAGUGUUAUGAUCUCCCGCGGGUAUCGACCCCUCACUAAGUUGAAUCGCUUCGAUCUGGAUGUCAUGGGAAGAUAUGUAAAUAAAUUCCACCCAUUUGAUCAGAACAAGGGUUUAUAAUCUCUAGAUCAGAAUUGUGAGCUACGACAUUUAUAGAUACCUGUAGAUUCACUUGCACCUUGGAAUUUAUAAUCGCCAAAAAAUAUAUAUCAUGAUGUCUAGUCCGAUGCUAGAUCGAACGCACUUUACAAAUCCAUGAUUAUUACUAGUUUUAAAUCACGUUACAGGCCUGCAGCAGCGUAAAAAUAUAUUCAUGUCCCUCACAAAAAAAUUAUAUUGCGUUGUGUAGAUACAUAGAUGGCCAUCAUUUGAAGGUAAAACAUCAAAACUAUCGUCAGAAGAGAAAACAAACCAACAAAGCAAAACAAAACAUAGCAAAACAGAACAAAAAUCUGGCGAGAAGGGGAACCAUAAACCUGCUACGGUGGAGCUGAAAUGAAUACUCUAGACGUCUAAAAACUUGUCCAGAGUGAGAUUCUGGGCUCACAUUUACUACCACGGACCCUUAUUCAGCUCACUUGUGAGAAUUUCUGUCUAAAAUCAGGUUGCUUGCAAGAUUGAAUGCAACGUUCCCCGUCCGUAUUGCUACAAUUCGCUGCAUUGUACCAACUGCAUAACAGCUUUCAAGUGCAAAAAUUUAUUAAAAAUCUCUCGUUACCUUGGUUAUUAUUAUUUUGGUUUUUUUUUUAAUAUUUUAUCAGUAGAGAACAGGGUAAGUUAAACGAAAUCAGGUCGGACAUCCACAAAAAAAUUAUUGACCAGAAGACUUCUUUAAGGCAGAUUUCCUAUAACUUUUUUUCUUAACGAUUUUGUUUUAGCAAAGACCAUAGUUAGCAAUUCAAUCGAAGUAGAUUAUUCUCGUUUCAGCAAAUUAAGCGAUAGUUUUGACUCGACAAUCAUCGUCGUUAUUACACUCAGCCUUACAAUUAAUUCUUUCUAUUUAACUGAUUCUUUUAUCAACACGUUACUAACUGCGGUUCAUUAGUAAAUAAUCAAAUCUCUUCCAGUGAUAAUGAAUUCAAUACCGCCUACGCUUGUUGGAAAGCUAAAUUAUUCUUGUUUCAGAGCAAAAUGUCAGGUCAUUUGGUCAAAUUGAUUUCACAGUAUUCGUACGGUAACACUUUGGUCUUAUCCUCAAAGUCUAACAAGUUAGCCCAAGGCUUUUGUCUACUCAACGAAGCAACCACAAAAUCACUUAUUUACUCAUCAGUCUUCCCAGUCAAGUAUCUCCAAUUAUCUAAAAAUGGCUACCACAGGCUUUUUGAAAGUUUCCUGGCUUUUAUUGUAUUGUUUCAUGUCAUCAACUCGAAUCAACAAUUCCUGUCAACAGGAUGGACUCUUAAGGUUUAAAGAAAUCAUUGAUAGCAAUAGAAUUGGUGGACAUCGAUUAGCAGACAUGAACAUGAUUGUUUUUGAAAAAGAUGUGUUUACUAACCUACAGUGCUUAGAUCUUUGCUUGAGAAUUAAAGUUUGCGUAUCUAUUGAUAUAAAAAAGCAGAAUACACAGAGAAGUUGCAGAGUAAACCGCGCAAAUCCAAAGUAUUUUAUCAUAGAAAACGACGACUGGACACAUAUAAAUGUGAGUUCAAGGGCAUUAGAGGAGGUAAGUUCCGGUCCAAUAUGUGCUAUUCUGUUCACUUCUUUUGUAAGGGAAAUGCUGCACUCAAUCAAAAUCUUGCAGUUGCAGCACGUUUUCACUUCGAAAUACAUCUUUUGAUUUUUAAUGUUGACAAAUUCUCGAAACUCGAAAACUACGAAAGAUAAUCAUAGUCCAAAGCAAAACUGAGGAAGCUUUUAACAUAAGGCCUGAUCUUUUCUUCCGUCAUUUUUUUCAAUCUGAAUUUUCAUAAUCACUUCAAUUGUUUCUUGCUUUGAUCAAUAUUUCAAUAACAUCUUUACCUUUCAGUUCAAUAAAUGAUUCUUACAAAUGCUUUCAGAGAACAAAAAGGUGGUACUUAAAUUUAACUCAACACAAAAUUCAAUAACAUCCUCUCGGUUUUCCUAACAAACCAUACAUAUCCAUUUGAAAGUGAAAUCAAAAUUCUAUGUUCAACACUUAUCCUUGUUUUAAAUUCAUUCCAACUCCUCGUUAAGCCUUGCGUUAAUUUACUGGUUUACGUGGGUAACCUUUGAUUUACAUAAGAUCAUAACCACUUCUUAGAGUUAUUGAAUUUACUGGAUUUUUUCUCUUCCCUCUUUUUUCAUUGCUGACUGUUGUGACAUUAUCUUUGCAUUGGCGAUAAAAGUCCCGGGUUUUUGGAUUUGCAUGUUUAUCAUCUAAUAUUUUAUUAUCUACGAACAUACUUUUAUUGCUUUAUUUUCCGUAUAAAAAUUCAUAAGUUUGCCAUAUUUGCUGCAGUGUUAGGAAGAGAUUUUGUAUUCGAAAUGAUAAAAUUUAAGUUAAAAUUAAGUCAGGAAAAUUGCACCUGUUUCUAGUUUUUUCCUGAUUAUACCCUUUAAAUAAGAUCAAUUGUCAGUCACUGACAAUAUUGAAUUGUAAGGGUUAAGAGUAAGCUAUGUUAAAGAUCAUAUCCUCUUUUAGUUAAGCAAUAUAAUAUUGCACCACUUUUGAUAGAACGUGAACUUGCUUUCUGUUAUCUGUUUCCGAAUUAUCUGCAAAUGCAUCCAGCAUAGCAUGUAGUUCUCAAGGUUACAGUGUAAACUGAUAACACGAAAAAGGCAAUAAUGUUUUUUUUGUUCCAGAUUCUUGCGUCGGCAGAAGACGAAUGCAAAGAGAAAGACACAGGUGAUUUCAUUAAAAUUGAAAAAUAUAUUGCAUACCCAUAAAUCACUAUCAGUCAAUAGUCGAUGUCAAUAAACUUCUUAGGUAACUGGAGACUGCAGCCGUUCGGAUUUGUGAGAACCUGUAUUUUCAAUAAAAGGAAAUACGAAGAGAGUACAGCCAACCACAGUGAUUGUGAGAUUUAGACUGACAGGAGUGGGAAUUUGGCUUUCAUGACUGCAAAGGCCUCUUCUUUCACAUUAUUGAAGAGUUUGGAAGAGGGUUAAAAAUCGUUCAUGAGCUGCGAACUAUAAUAUUAUAGCUAAAACUUUAAUAUUUGUUAUUAAAAGCAUGCAUAGAGGUCAUAGAGGAACCCGCUGAGGUUGAUUGGGAAAGGAGGAAUCUGGAUGUGCCAAAACAGAAUUUACCUCAUUUCUGAUUUUUACCCUCUCCCCAAGCUCUGAGGUAUUUCAAUAAUUCCCCUAAAAUUUCCCGGCAAUUUUUUUUCCAUCGUAUCCCCUUAAUAUUCUGUAUUCUGUAUUCUGUCAGACAUGUUUAAGCGUGCGCGUCUAUGGGAAGAUAAAGCGGGAGGAAAAUAUUCUAUUCUAUAAACACAUGGCAUAUUAACCUUAAUCUAAAACUCUCCUAAUCUUCCCUCCAGGUGAGUUUCGAGGAAGGUCACGAAAGCGGAAUCAUAUGAAAUUAACGUAAAUUCAACUGCGGCCUUCCUUGCAAACCUAUACAUAAAUUUCGUAGAUUUCGUCGAUAGCCUGUCGAAUAAGCGAAAAUUUCGCAGUUUUCGUAUAUUUCGUUGGGCCUAUCCGUAUAACUAUUUGAAUUAAUCUCGUAGACUUCGUCGAUGGUCUUGCUCAUUUCCGUAAAUUCCGCUGUUUUUUCUAUCUGCGUUAAAUCCCGGACAUUACUCCCCAAAAUUAUGCACAAGGCCUUGCUUGGUUGAAGAGGGUCUGGUCAGCCUACCUGACAAAAAAGCUAAUGUCAAAUACGUAUUUCACUCGCAAUGGAACUGUAGACAUUAGAAUGAAAAGUUUUAUUUAAUUGGCAUGAAAUGUAUUUUUUCAGAUGAAGCGAGUUUCACUUUAGAACUUUCGUCACAAACGCCGACUGCUGUGUCACUGGAUGAGUAUUGCAAGACCAAAGCACUAACUGUUGAUUCAUGUACUCAGAAGAAGAAGCAGGGAAACUGUAGCGGAGUCUGGGAGGCUCGAAUUCUUGCAAAUGGAUGGUGUUGUGUUGACCCAGAAAGUUCAAGCCAACACUGUUGCUGUCCUAUCCCACAGUAG